CGGGCCAGAGGCGAUCCGUGGUGCCUUUCGAAACGAUGACGGUUCUGCACGAGUCCUAUGGAAAAGAAAGGCGUAAACUUCUGCAGAAGAGGCGUGAGGACAAUACAGGUGAAGCGCAGCGCAGUGAGGGCGCAGCCUGUGGGUCAGAGGUCAUUCCUGCUUCAGGACGGAAAUAUUCUUCCUCAGAUGAGCUCAAGACAACAGGACCUGUUCCAUAUGCAGAGCUGUGCUUCAAAAGCAAGACUUCCACCUCCUCCAUCGCUGAGAGGAGAGACCCAGAGAGGAGCACAGUCAGCAGCUUCAGCCUGGGAGAUCUCAGACACUCCUCAUCCACUGGGAUGAGAAUUCAGAGGCUCACCUCUGAAAUCCAGAGAAAGAUGUGUGUCACCGUGUCAGAAAGAGACCAAAAGAUUGCUGCCCUGAUGCUGGUGAAGCAUGAGGAGAAGCAGGAGCGCCUGAGACUCUCCCAACAGGAGGAGCAGAAGCGAGAGGAGGCCCGAAAACAGGCAGAGAUGCUGCAGGAGCAAGCAGAAAGACAGCGGAGAAAGAAGCUGAAGCAAAGACUCAAGUGUUGGCACAAGGAGCUGGAGGCCCGCAGGAGGCGGAGGGAGCGACAGGAGCAGAACAAGGCGGGACAGCUGGCACGGGAGGUGCUGCUGCAAGAGGACCGCUGGAGGAGGCUGAAAGAGGAGGUGGAUGCAAAACGCAGAGAGAAGAUAGAGGCUGCACAGAAGGAGGCAGAGGUGCGCAAAAGUUACCAGGAGCAGCAACUGAGAAAGAAGGAGGAGAGGGAGGAGAAGGAGCGAGAGAAGGAAAUACAGGUUGCAGUGAAGAAGGAAGGGAGGGCAUGGAGAAGCAGAGUGCAGCAGGAGCAGAGGGAGCGGAGGAGGCUGCAGGAGGAGAAUCGCAGGGAGCAGCUCCGACACAUCCUGCUGAAAAAGCAGGUGGAGCAGAGGAUGGAGGAAGAGGAGGCACAAAUGAGGAGCACACUUGAGAGGAAGUUCCAAAACUUCUCUGAGAAGCGGGCUCACGUUGUGGAGGCUCAGAUGAAGGAGCUACAGGAGCGCAGCGUCCGGGAGGAGGAGCAGAUCCAGAGAGCGCAGCUGAAGGCGGAGCUGCAGAGCAUCCAGCACCUCACGCACAAGCAGAUCCUGGCGCAGCUGAGCCAGAGGCGCAUGGAGAACGCCGCUCUGCACGCCUCCUCCCUGCAGAGGAGCAGAGCUCAGCAGGUACGCCAACACAACAAACUCAGACAGGGCCGACACCGGAGACUCCGGGACCAGAUCCAGCAGGAGGAGCAGGCCGCCAUGAAGGCCAGGGAGAACCUCGUCUCCACGAAGGAGUGGAGGAGGGAGAGGUUGCAGAGGCAGAGAGAGCAGAUCCAGGAGGAGGCGCAGAGGCUGGCUCGGGCCUCCUUUCACAUGAGGGAGCGGGUGCGGCAACAGAGGGACACUCGAACCUUUGACCGGAUGGCCUUGGAGGCUCAGCUUGCUGCAGCUAUAAACCGAGUAAAACUAUGAAGGGAAAGAUUUCUGCUCCUUUUGAUGCUUUCCCCCAACGUUCCUUCAGCUUUGAUCAAACUGGAUCAGCAGAGUUUGGAUCUCAUGAUCUGAACAACAAAAUAGUCCAACAAUUGUUGCAUUUGAACAUAAGCUGAGCUCAAGCCUUUAAAGUGUGUCUUCUUCAUGACUCUGCAGAUCUUAUGAGUUCACCAGGAAACUAUAAAAGAGUGCUUUGUCCUGCUUAAUGUUCAAAAAGAAAAAAAAACUUUUUUUUUUCUUUUCGGUUUAAGAUUACAAUGUAGUAAACAAAUCAUGGUUAAAAAAAAAAACAUUUUGCUGAUUCCAGAUUUUAAAAAAUUAAGUUUUUGGUGGUUUUAACAUGUUCUUGUGGCUUUUUUCUGACCUAAAAGGACAUUUAUUUUGAA